AUGAAGCUUGGGGUGCCUUCAGGACCCCAAAGGCUGGUGGCACAAACACUCCUCUUCCUGGCUUUCCUGAACCGCCGCUCCCUGCAGAGACCCCUGACGGCUGAUGGCGAAGGGAUGAGCGGAGAUGACGGCCACCAAGGGAGCCCUGGACUCAUCCAGUGUGGAGAAUACAGCAACCAGGUCCUGCCCAAUGGCAGGUGCAAGAUCAUAGCCACCUUGCCGCAACUGGACCAGCAGAGGUGCCCUGACAUGUUCCGUUGCACGGACGAAGUCUCCUACUGGCUCCACGAGAACGAGGAGAGGAAGCAGCAGAUCCUGGAACUGCGGGAACUCAUCUCAGAGCUCCAGGAGGAGCUGAGGAACCAUCGUCACCGCAUCAAGAUUUUGGAGCUGCAGGUGAGUUUCUUAAUGGGGAAAAACAUGGGCAGCAACUUAGGUAAAGGGAGACUUUGGGGACCAUUGGGCUGGAUCUGUCCCCACUCCCACGUUCCAACUUUAGUGCAUGGUUGGGGCAACCCACCUGUCAGUCACAUGAUGUGAUUGUGACAUCAGAUUCAUCCAUCCAUCCAUCCAUCAAGACAUCCCAAGGCAGCUUACGGAAUAAAAUACAAGAUAGAACACAAGUAAAUAAUUAAACCAAUGCAACAAAAUAAUGACCACCCCACUUCCCACAGAUACAUUUAAAGGGCUAUAGGACAGCCUUUCUCAACCUGUAGGUCCCCAGAUGUUGUUGAACUACAACUCCCAUCACCCCUAGCUAGCAAGGCCAGAGCUCAGGGGUGAUGGGAUUUGUAGUCCAACAACAUCUGGGGACCUACAGGUUGAGAACUGCUACUAUAGAAUAUUAAUCAGCCAAAGGCAGAAUAGAAUGGUACUAUCAUUUCCCUUGACCUGGACCAGGGGUCAGCAAACUUUUUCAGCAGGGGGCCAGUCCACUGUCCCUCAGACCUUGUGGGAGGGCCGGACUAUAUUUAGCGGUUGGGGAAUGAACGGAUUCCUAUACCCUACAAAUAACCCAGAGAUGCAUUUUAAUUAAAAGAGCACAUUCUACUCAUGUAAAAACACGCUGAUUCCCAGACCGUCUGCAGGCCUGAUUGAGAAGGCGAUUGGGCCGGAUCCGACCCCCGGGCCUUAGUUUGCCUACCCAUGACCUGGACACUAUACUUCUGUUGAUGCAGCCUAGAACAAAAUUAGUGUUUUCUGCUGCUGAGUCACGCUGUUGGCUCAUGCCAAACUUGUGGUAUCCAAACACAGUUAUUAGAAACAAAUCAUAUAAGAAUCUGCUAUAGUCAGCUUUUACCAUCGCAAAAUCAUAGAACAGUAAAGUUGGAGUGGAUCCUAAGGAUCUUCUAGUCCAGCAAUGCAGGGAUCUCAACUUAAGAGUCUCUAACAGAUGGCCAUUUGGCCAAGCUAUCAUGUCUGUGACAGAAUAAAUCAGACUUAUUAGUGUUUAUAAGGUGGCAACAGAAUAUCACUAGUUAGAGGAGAUUGCUUGAGGUAUUGGAAUCCCAGAGCUGAGACCCCAUAAGGCAGGCUUCCUCAACCUCGGCCCUCCAGAUGUUUUGGGACUACAACUCCCAUGAUCCCUAGCUAGCAGGACCAGUGGUCAGGGAUGAUGGGAAUUGUAGUCACAAGAAAUCUGGAGGGCCGAGGUGAAGGAAGCCUGCCAUAAGGCAAAUAAGAAGCCCAUGUAGGAUUGAGAGAGCCUUUAUCCAGAAAAAGGAGUUGCUGAUUAGAAUUAAAUAACCCUUUUGCUCCUGAGUGGUGGGAUUGGGCACAGGAGGAGAGGACAGACUGCCACCCAGUUUAUUUGAUUAACCAUCUGCUUUCUGAUUGAUUGAUUGAUUGAUUGAUUGAUUGAUUACAGGUAAAUAUUUGCACUCUUUCAACAGCUUUUGACAGUGUCUGGGAUUCUGGGAUUCUUUAAAACUAGCCUCUGAAACUAAGUACAUGCUUAACUCAGUACCAUGCCAAAUUUAAUUGUCUCUCUACAAUUUAAUCAACUAAAAAUGUGUACUUGUAUUCAAUGUAGCAGUAAGCAACUCGUUCCAUUCGUGUAAGGAUUUCUGCUGGUGCAAUGGCAUUUUCCCCCUCCCAGCCCUCCAGGCACCCUCUAAAUCUGUUCCGGGGUCUUCCCCAAUGCUCUGGAGCAGAUUUGGGGUGCAAUGGGGAGGGAGGAGUCUGUCAAAACAAAUGCAUCAGUUGCCCCCCUUAGUCUGCCAUCCUCACACCACUUACUUGGGAGCAAGCCUUUUCCUGUUCAACAGGACUUAACUUCCAAGUAGGCAAGUUUAGGAUUGGACUGUUAGUUGAUUAAUCUACCAAAUAAAAAUAGCUUCCCUAUUUAUUUAUUUUUUGUUUCGAUCCUGGAUGUAAGAAGAGAACAGAUUGUGCUUUAAUAUUUGCAUAACUGGAGGUUAUGUAAAUGAAAAAGGAUAUAGAGAAUCGAGUAAGAGAAAGGAUGGCUGUUCGCCCGGUAUGAAUUACAGAAGGAAGGGAGAUUUGGCCCCUUAGGAAGAAACAAUAUUUUCUUAUUAUUAUGACUCAUAAAUCUUUGCCAUCCGACGGAGCUCAGAAUUUGUUUACUGGAACCAUUCUGCAAUUUUGCGUCCAUCACCUGCACAAAUCUGGUUGCUCCUCUCUGAGGAUGAGAGCACCUACACUCCUGGUAUUAAUUAGUUGAUCACCAUCAUGCUUUAACUUUGAUUAACAUUAGUAGCAACCCAAAAAUGUGGCAGCAAGGUAAUGCAUCAUGCAGUUUACAAAACCAACAAGCAGUAAAUAGCAAGAGAAAGAAACUGCGACACAGCAAUACAAAUCAAGACAUCCAUAUUUCCUUAGGUGGCGUGCAUGGAUGGUGUAUAUUGAGCAUCUAAGUCUGGAGUUUAGUAAAUAAAAUCCCCAUGGCUGACAUAAAAGCAUUUUGAAUAAUAAUAAUAAUAAUAAUAAUAAUAAUAAUAAUUUAUUAUUUCUACCCCGCCCAUCUGGCUGGGUUUCCCCAGCCACUCUAGGUGGCUUCUAACAAAGUAUUAAAAUACAGUGGUCUGUUAAACAUUAAAAGCUUCCCUAAACAGGGCCGCCUUCAGAGCAUGCACCACUCUGGUGAGAUAGUCUGAGGGCAGGUAGGGUCUCAGCCUGCAUAUCAGAUGGAGCUGGUAAACAGCUGCCCUGGACACAGAGUUGACCUGCCUCUCCAUGGACAGCUGUGAGUCCAGAAUGACUCCCAGGCUGCUCACCUGGUCCUUCAGGGGCACAGUUACCCCAUUCAGGACCAGGGAGUCCCCCACACCCGCCUGCCUCCUGUCCCCCAAAAACAGUCCUUCUGUCUUGUCAGGAUUCAAUCCAUUAACUGCCAUCCAUCCUCCAACCACCUCCAGUCCUCCACACACACCCCUGGAAACGCGCAGCAUGUGUGCGAUUUCCCCUCGCAAUAGACAACGUCCACAAGUUAUUAUACCACCAAGCCAAAAGCAGAUUUUGGUUCAAGGUUUCCCGUUGUGGGCUAUUGAAAUCCCAGCUGCAGCUAAGCACCCAUGUCAUAGAUUCUUCAGCUGUUGUCUUGCUAAACAUCAGGAAGAACUUUGUGGUGGCAAGAACUGUUUGACAGGGAAAUGGUCUCCCUUGGGAAGUUGUGGACUCUCCUUCCUUGGAGGUCUUUAAGCAGAGGGUGGAGGGACACCUGUCAUGGAUGCUUUAGUUGACAUUCCUGCAUUGCAGGGGGUUGGACUAGAUGACCCCAGGACCCCUUCCAACUCUAAUAAUAAUAAUACAUUUUAUUUAUACCCCGCCCUCCCCAGCCAGAGCCGGGCUCAGGGCAGCUAGCACCAUUAAAAUUACAGUAAAAACAUAAUGGGGGGGGGACCAAUUUACCGUAUUUUUCACUAUAUAGGACGCACUUUUCCCCCUCCAAAAAUGAAGGGGAAAUAUGUGUGCAUCCUAUGGAGCGAAUGUAGGCUCCUUGGCUUCAGCAAUAGCAACGGGAAGCCUCCGAAGCGCAGAGGGAGAGCUCCCACCGCACUCCGGAGGCUUCGCGUUGCUUUCGCUGAAGCCGCCUGAAGCCCCCGGAGUGCAGGGAACUCCCGCUGCACUCCGGGGGCUUCAGGCAGCUAUCCGCAAGCUCCGAAGGCUUGCGGAUAGCUGCCUGAAGAGCGAGAGGGGUCGGUGCACACCAAUCCCGCUUGCUCUCCAGGCUUCGCUUCACUUCGUUUCUCCUCCCACUUUGCUGAAGGGGCGCUGCUCAGAGAGGGGGAGAAUUUUUUCCCCCUGUUCUCCUCCUCCUAUGGUCCGGUGCGUUCUAUGGUCCGGUGCGUCCUAUAGAGCGAAAAAUACAGGUUAAAAUGCAAUUUAAAAUGCAGCCUCAUUUUAAAAGUAGCCCAUAGAUCAGAACCAUAAGGGGAGGGAAACAUAAGGGUCAGACUGAGUCCAAACCAAAGGCCAGGCGGAACAGCUCUGUCUUGCAGGCCCUACGGAAAGAUAUCAAGUCCCACAGGCCCCUAGUCUCUUGGGACAGAGCGUUCCACCACGUCGGGGCCAGUAUUGAAAAGGCCCUGGCCCUAGUUGAGACCAAUCUAACCACCUUGUGACCUGGGACCUCCAAAAUGUUGUCAUUUGUGGACCUUAAGGUCCUCCACGGGGCAUACCAGGAGAGGCGGGCCCGUAGGUACGAGGGUCCUAGGCAGCAUAGGGCUUUAAAGGUCAAAACCAGCACCUUAAACCUGACCUUGUACUCCACUGGGAGCCAGUGCAGUUGGUAAAGCACUGGAUGAAUGUGAUCCCAUGGCGAGGACCCCGUAAGGAGUCCUUACAUUUCUAUGAUUCCAUGAUUCACAUAUUCAGGAAUGACAGCUGUGAGGGAACCUGAACAGGUGAUUUAGUUAUUUUGGAUAUUUAUUUUGGAUACUCCUGGGAACAGAAGUAUGAAACCUGGGGGCCUCCCAGUCAGAAAUGGAAGGAAACCCCCUGGAGCCCAGAGCCCCACCUGUGAUGACUGUGAUGAAGUAUGAGAACACCUGCACAGGUGUACCAUGACCAUAAUAGCAAUAACAUAAAUAAAUCUGAGCUCGGUUUCCUGAUGAUGUCUCUGGCGCAUGCCCCACUGCCAGGAAAGGGACGCCUUGGCUCCCAUGGUAGCUCAGCUAAGAGAUAAAUCAAUUUCAUUUCCUGUUAGUCUGCAGGUUGUGGGACCAAUGGAUUUUAGGAGCAAUCCAGUAGGAGAUCUCCUGGAAAUCACAGAAGGGGAGAGACCACUUGUGCUCGCUGUGGGCUUCCCACAGGCAUCUAGUUGGCCGCUGUGAGGCCAGGAUGCUGGACUAGGUGGUCCACGGGCCUGAUCCACCAGCCUUUCCUCAUGUUUUUGUCUUCCUGCAUGAGCCCCACUGCAGAGGGGCUCCUACUCGAAAGGAGCUUCAAGAAGGAGAACCUCACUGAAUUGUGUGCCCCGCGUUGGUUCACGUCCCUGUGCUGGGUUUCGUACCAAGCUUGCUCUCCUUGGAUCAUGCCCUUUAUCCAACACAUGUCUGCUUAUUUCUCUGCUGAGCUUCCCGCUGCCACAAAGUGUCUCCGUGCAAGAUGAGAGGAUCACAGGUUCUCUUUGUUUAAUUCUCUACAGAGGGUCCUUGCCCUUUGCCAGAUAAGCUUCUCUUGGGGGGUUGGCUAAUGACAGAUCAGACCGAUGAGCCAGAGAUCUCCAUCACACCAGAGUCAUCAGCUCUUAAGGGGUUUGGCCACACAAGUCUUGUACAUUGUGCGUGUGUGUUAGGAAUGUGCAUCAUGUGCAUCAUGUGCAAUACAGCCCUGUUCAAGGAAGUUUUCAUAGAAUCAUAGAGUUGGAAGAGACCACAAGGGCCAUCGAGUCCAACCCCCUGCCAAGCAGGAAACACCAUCAGAGCACUCCUGACAUAUGGUUGUCAAGCCUCUGCUUAAAGACCUCCAAAGAAGGAGACUCCACCACACUCCUUGGCAGCAAAUUCCACUGUCGAACAGCUCUUACUGUCAGGAAGUUCUUCCUAAUGUUUAGAUGGAAUCUUCUUUCUUGCAGUUUGGAUCCAUUGCUCCGUGUCCGCUUCUCUGGAGCAGCAGAAAACAACCUUUCUCCCUCCUCUAUGUGACAUCCUUUUAUAUAUUUGAACAUGGCUAUCAUAUCACCCCUUUUAAUGUGUGACAUUCUAAUGUAUUUUUAAUCUUUGUUGGAAGCCGCCCAGAGUGGCUGGGGAAAGCCUGCCAGAUGGGCAGGGUACAAAUAAUAUAUUAUUAUUAUUAUUAUUAUUAUUAUUAUUAUUAUUAUUAUUCCCCAGCACAAUGUUUCCUCAGCAAGCUUGCCCACUGCAUUUUGCCCAUCCUUUAGCAGAGGUCAGCAAACUUUCUCAGCAGGAGGCCGGUCCACUGUCCUUCAGACCUUGUGGGGGGCCGGACUAUAUUUUGGGGAAAAAAUUAAUGAACGAAUUCCUAUGCCCCUCAAAUAACCCAGAGAUGCAUUUUAAAUAAAAGGACACAUUCUACUCAUGUAAAAACAAGCUGAUUCUCGGACCGUCCGCAGGUCAGAUUUAGAAGGCGAUUGGGCCGGAUCCGGCCCCCGGGCCUUUGGUUGCCUACCCAUACUUUAAAGCAUCAGUAGAAAAGGGCAUUCUUAGAAUCCUAAUAUUGUAGAGUUAGAAGGGACCCAGAGGAUCAUCUAGAUCUAGAUUCCCUUGCAAUGCAGGAAAAUUUAGCCAUCCCACAUGGGGGUCAAAUCUGCACCCUUGGUAUUAUCAGCACCACACUCUAACCAACUAACCUAUCCAGACCAUUCUUGUUUGUUUGUUUGUUUGUUUGUUUGUUUGUUUGUUUGUUUGUUUGUUUGUUUGGAGUUUUUGGGACCUCACUCUUCAGCCAGAAAGGCUCCCAGUGCAGGUUGCAUACAAUAGGGACACAGGUGGUGUUGUGGUCUAAACCACUGAGCCUCUUGGGCUUGCCGAUCAGAAGGUCGGCAGUUUGAAUCCCCGCAACGGGGUGAGCUCCUGUUGCUGUGUCCCAGCUCCUGCCUACCUAGCAGUUCAAAAGCACACCAGUGCAAGUGGAUAAAUAGGUACCACUGCAGCGGGAAGGUAAAUGGUGUUUCCAUGUGCUCUGGUUUCCGUCAUGGUUUUAUCAUGCUGGCCACAUGACCCGGAAGCGGUUUUAUCAUGACCCAGAAGCGGCCACAUGACCCAGAAGCGGUUUUAUCAUGCUGGCCACAUGACCCGGAAAACUGUCUGUGGUCAAACGCCAGCUCCCUCGGCCUGAAAGCGAGAUGAGCGCAGCAACCCCAGUCACCUUUGACUGGACUUAACUGUCCAGGGGGCCUUUACCUUUGCCUUCAGCUGCAUACAACCAAUUAAACAAGGCAGUCACUGCCUCACAGGCUUACAGUCAGGGCGAAAACACAACACAAAAGGGGAAAGACACAGGGAAAGAAGAGGAACAACAAACUUCAAUAUUGGGCACCAAUUUCUAAAAAGUUGUUCCUCUAUUGACCAGUUGGCCCAGUUCAGGAGGUGGGUAGGGGGUGAUGUUUAUUUCUGGAGCAUCUCAUCCCACUCUUGAAUGUUUUGCUUGUCCUUCUUUAUCUAUAUAUCUAUCAAUCAACCAUCUUAUUAAUUUUUUACAUAUAAUUCCCAACAAUCAUAUAACAUAUAUUCUUAUCUUAUACAAUGUUUUGGACUUCCAUCAACCGCAUCUGAAGGUUUUGUCAAUCUUUAUCACUUAAUCUACAUUUCUUAAUUUCCCUAUUACUUUUAAUUGUCCCUAACUAAUAACUCUCUUCAUAAACGCAAUAUUUCGCAUAAUCCUCCUUACAAAACAUCUCGCGGUCCUACCGGCGUAACCCGUUUAUUACAAUUGCUUUACAAAUAGUUCCAGUAUUUACUCCAGUCCUCUGAGAACCUCUGGUCCCGCAGGUUUCGGAUUCCUUCCUGUCAUCUUAUCCAAUUCUGCAUAGUCCAUUAAUUCCACUGCCCUUCUUUAUUCCACGCCUCCUGCCGGCCCCCAUUCUGCUGCUGUGAAGCAUGAAGAGAAGUCCAGCCGUAACGCCACCGUGGAGCAGCGGGUUCAGGAGCUGGAGCAGCACUACCAGGAGGCCAGCACCCUUCAGCACAUUCAGGCCACGCUGCUAUACGACAUGCAGGCCCAGGUCCACAAUGUCUCCCUGCUGAUGGACUGGGUGCGCCACAACCCAGGCUGCCUGGUCCCAGUGGAGAUGAGACUCCAGCACGAGAUGCACUACCCAGGUGAGUCCCCCCGGAAGAGCCAAGAUCCGGGUUCGAGUCCCACGUUGGCCAAAAGACUCCUGCCCUGCAGAGGUUUGGACGAGAUGACCCUUGGGGUCAGGGCCGAAUUUAGCUUUGAAGGUACUGAAGGUAACGGGGCCCUUUAUGUGUCCAGCUGUGCUUUGCCAACAACAGAUUGUCGCUGUUUUUUGUGUUGAAUAUAUGCUAUAUGGGGACGCGGGUGGCGCUGUGGGUUAAACCGCAGAGCCUAGGACUUGCCGAUCAGAAGGUCGGCGGUUUGAAUCCCCGCAACAGGGUGAGCUCCCGUUGCUCGGUCCCUGCUCCUGCCAACCUAGCAGUUCGAAAGCACGUCAAAGUGCAAGUAGACAAAUAGGUACCACUCCGGCGGGAAGGUAAACGGCGUUUCCGUGCGCUGUUCUGGUUCGCCAGAAGCGGCUUAUCAUGGUGGCCACAUGACCCGGAAGCUGUAUGCCGGCUCCCUCGGCCAAUAAAGCGAGAUGAGCACCGCAACCCCAGAGUCGGCCACGACUGGACCUAAUGGUCAGGGGUCCCUUUACCUUUACCUUUUCCUUGAUCAUGCAUGAUUUCCUCACUUCCCCAAUCCCAUCCUGAGCCUUCAUUUGGCACCUCCUCUGUAUUCUGUGGGGCAUCCCUGCCCCCUUUUGUCUCCUGGUCCUCUCCCCACCCUAAGAUCCCAAAGGAAAUGCCCUUAAUGGUGUUUGUGAUGCUGUUCCUUCGGUUGAGGGCUUUGACCCCAUAACAACAACCAGGUUGACGGAGCCCUUCCCAUCUAUCCUCCAACUGGGAUUAUCUGAUAAAGACUUUCACCCACUAGCCCAAAUCCAGCCUGAGCCCCUGACGUAGGCGAAGGGAAGAGCACGCCUCUGGGCUAGCAAUCCUUUAAGCCGGCCAGUUCUGGAUGUUGUGUGCUCGCUGUCCCCCUGGCUUUAAGCGGGAUGUAGACCAGGUCAGUCCGCUUCUGAUCCCACUGCACACCGAGGCUACGUAAGCAGAGUCACCUCGGUUGCCCCUGGGCCAAAGGGAGAGGCAUUUUGCAGCAAGAAGAGGGACUCUGGUCACUGUGCAUGAGUGGGGAUCAAUCACAUGCCAGUGUGGAGGAGAAGAGGAGGAGUUUGGAUUUGAUAUCCCGCUUUAUCCCUACCCAUAGGAGUCUCAAAGUGGCUAACAAUCUCCUUUCCCUUCCUCCCCCACAACAAACACUCUGUGAGGUGAGUGGGGCUGAGACACUUCAGAGAAGUGUGACUGGCCCACGGUCACACAGCAGCUGCAUGUGGAGGAGCAGGGAAUUGAACCCGGUUCACCAGAUUACGAGUCCACCGCUCUUAACCACCACACCACACUGGCUCUCGGAAGAAGAGGGCAAGAAGAGGGACUCUGGUCAAUGUGCUUGGGUGGGGUCCAAUCACAUGCCAGUGUGGAGCUAGGGCUGCUGUAAGUCUGGGAUUUCCCAGACAUAUACAGGAUUCGUCCGUUGGAAAUAGUGUCUGGGUGGAAUUUCAGGAAAUCAGUAAAAAUGUCCGGGAAAACCCAGGUAUAUGGCAACCCAUGUUGGAAGUGUUGCUUUUUUGGUGAAUUUCCUUAAGAAUACAGUCAUACCUCAUGUUACGUUACAUUCUUUCAGGUUACAUCCCGCGGCGACCCAGAAGUAUCGGAAAGGGUUACUUCCGGGUUUCACAGCUCGCGCAUGCGCAGAUGCGCAAAGUGACAUCGCGUGCAUGCUCAGAAGUGACGAAUCGCAACCUGUGCGUGCGCAGAUGUGCUACUGUGGGUUGCGCUCUUUUCAUGCUGCGAAUGGGCCUCCGAAACGGAUCCCGUUUGCAACCAGAGGAACCACUGUAUAUCAAAAACUUCAUUUUUUUUGGAGAUUUCACAAAAAAAAGGAGGGAGGGAGGGAGGGAGGGAGGGAGGAAGGAAGGAAGGAAGGAAGGAAGGAAGGAAGGAAGGAAGGAAGGAAGGAAGGAAGGAAGGACUCAACAGCUCCCCUCCCCCCCAAAAAAGAAGCUCAACAACUUUUUUGUCCGGAUUUUCACUUCUUGAAAUACGGCAACCCUAGGUGGAGCAAUUAAAAUCAGCUUGUUAUUAUUGGUUUGCGGGCUCAGUCCAGAUGAUGCCUUGAAAUGGUUUUUCUCUCCCUUCCUCCCCGGCAGAUGUGAAGCAUGCCAAGAACUGCCCCAUCGAUUGUGCCUCCAUAUACUACAACGGGGUCCGGCGGUCGGGUGUCUAUAGCAUCAUGCCAUCCGAUGGAGGUCUGCCCAUUGAAGUGCUGUGCGAGAUGGAUGUGGAAGGUAUGGAAGGAGGCAAUGGGAGCAGGUCCUCCCUGGUGUUUCCUUACACGUUGAGAUGCUUGGGUCAGACGCUGCUUCGUGACUGGACUUAACUGUCAGGGGUCCUCUAGGUAAAGGUAAAGGGACCCCUGACCAUGAGGUCCAGUCGUGCACGACUCUGGAGUUGCGGCACUCAUCUCGCUUUACUGGCCGAGGGAGCCGGCGUACAGCUUCGGGGUCAUGUGGCCAGCAUGACUAAGCCGCUUCUGGCGAACCAGAGCAGCGCACGGAAACGCCGUUUACCUUCCCGCCGGAGUGGUACCUAUUGAUCUACUUGCACUUUGACGUGCUUUCGAACUGCUAGGUUGGCAGGAGCAGGGACCGAGCAACGGGAGCUCACCCCGUCGCGGGGAUUCAAACCACCGACCUUCUGAUCAGCAAGUCCUAGGCUCUGUGGUUUAACCCACAGCACCACCCGCGUCCCUCAGGGGUCCUUUACCUUUAAAUCUUCCAAACGGGGUGGGAGAAGUUCAGAUCAGGGUGUGUGUUUUUUUUCAGUUGGAUUGUCAAUUCAAUGACAUUUCUCGCCGCAAUUGUGUGGCAGGUGGAGGCUGGACCGUCAUCCAGCGGCGUCAGGAUGGCACGGUCAAUUUCAACCGGACGUGGAACGAGUACAAAGACGGCUUUGGGGAGUUGAGCAGUGAAUUCUGGAUGGGCAAUGAAAACAUUCACAAGAUCACCAGCCAAGGGGACUACUCUCUCCGCAUCGACCUGGAAGAUUGGAACAAUAAGCACAAACAUGCCUUUUACCAGCUGUUCAGGUAGGUCUUCAGGUGAGAGGGCAUCUGGGUUGCUGCCCAGCAAAACACGAUAAUACGAUAAUCUUUAUUGCCAUUGUCCCAUACAGAACAACGAAAUUGAAAAAUCUACAUAAGACAUUCAAAACCCAACAAGCCUGCUACCCCAGCUAUCCCUGCCAGGUUAGCCCCCUAAAAACUCUGAUACCCCAUUUUUAAAUACAAUAUACUCCCAUAGAGACUCCUUACAUGGCAUUUAAAACCAAAAUUGCAUUUGGAUAGAAACUGUUUCUCAGGCAGCUAGUCCUAGUCUUUAUAACCCUGGACCUUCUUCCAGAAGGCAGAAGCUGAAAGAGAUCAUUUCCGGGGUGCGCACUAUCCUGCGCUAUCUCUGCAGCUUCCUUAUGGCACCUGGAGGCAUAGAUUUGGUCCAAGGUGGGAAGAGUGCACCCAAUUAUUCUCUCUGCAGUCUUUACAACCCUGGACAGCAUUGGUUUUCCCCUGACCGUGCAGCUCCCAAACCACACACAUAGACCAUAAGUUAAUACACUCUCCACAGUACACCACCCAUAUUUUAGAUGCUUUCCUCUAUCCUAAGCACCCUCUUGUUGAACUGCCUCCUCCCAUCAGCCCCAAGAGCCAGCACGCCCAAUGGUCAGGGAUUUGUUUUAUUCAUUUAUUUCAUGACCUAUUCCUACACCGCUUUAUUGUUAAAACAAAAAACCAAGCGGUUUACAAAAAAAGAUAAAACCAUAAAAUUAUCAAUUGGGGGGGGAAUAGCAGGAAAAAUUUUAAACUUUCUAAACAUCUGCUUGGGCGUGUCUAAUUAUUAUUAUUUUUUAAUGGAUAAAUAAAUAAAAUCAUUUAAGUUUACACCCCACCCUUUAGGAGCAGGGAAUGAGCAAUGGGAGCUCACCCCGUCGUGGGGAUUCGAACCGCCGACCUUCUGAUCAGCAAGUCCUAGGCUCUGUGGUUUAACCCACAGCGCCACCCACAUCCUAUACAAAUGUUUUAAUGAGGAAAUAAAUAAUAUGCCGUCUGCAGGAGGCCCUCGCCUGCAGAGUGCAGAGGUUAGGAAACAAGAAGCCCAAGGUCAGCAUGCCUUUCAAUUUCUGCAAAACCACCUCCCCUCUGAUGUUGUCCCGGCUCGGGAGUGACGACUUAGAAGCCCACUCUUAGAUGCUCUCAGAAACCUUCCGUGUUGCCUUGCAGUAUCGAGAACGAGGUGAAUUACUACCGCCUGCAUGUGGAGGGCUUCAGCGGGACGGUGGAGGAUUCCUUCGCCUGGUACCACAACAAGAGGAGUUUCAGCACGCCCGACUCGGGGAAUAUCUGCGCCGCCAUCUCCCACGGAGGCUGGUGGUACCACCAAUGCUUCUUCUCCAACCUCAACGGCGUUUACUACAAAGUAAGUAAGGACACUGAGGUGGUCUCCACAGCCCACCUGCCCUCUCGGGUUUUCAUUUUAAUUUCAGCUUCCAGCAAGCUUGUGGGUGGGUGGGUGUAAUAUGCUAGAAAUUGCUAAAUUUAUAUGCUAAAUUUAUAGUCAUACCUCAAGUUAGGUCCGCUUCAGGUUUCGUGUUUUCGUGUUGCGUCCUGCGGCAACCCGGAAGUACCGGAACGGGUUACUUCUGAGUUUCAAGGCUCGCGCAUGUGCAGAAGCGCUAAAUCACGCUGUGCGCAUGCGUAGACGCGGCACUUCGGCAUGCAUCAGUUCCGUGUUAUGGACGGGCCUCCGGAACGGAUCCCGUCCGUAACACGAGGUUCCACUGUACAGUGGUACCUUGGGUUACAGACACUUCAGGUUACAGACUCCACUAACCCAGAAAUAGUACCUCGGGUUAAGAAUUUUGCUUCAGGAUGAGAACAGAAAUCGUGCUCUGGUGGCGCAGCAGCAGCAGGAGGCCCCUGAAGUGGUGCUUCAGGUUAAGAACAGUUUCAGGUUAAGAAUGGACCUCCAGAAUGAAUUAAGUUCUUAACCUGAGGUACCACUGUAUAUGCUAAAGCUAUUAUUGGUCAUCUGCAUAUUAUCCCUUGCUUUUUCCUGUAGGACUAAUUGCAGUCGUUAACAGUUGUCAACAGGUUUACCAUACCCAUUGAGUCAAUCACCCAUCUCCCACUACCUUUCUGAGAAAAACCCCACCCCACCCUCCCACUAUAUAAUAAUAAUAAUAAUAGUAAUAACAAUUUAUUAUUUAUACCCCACCCAUCUGGCUGGGUUUCCCCAGCUACUCUGGGCGGCUUCCAACAAAAUAUUAAAAUACAGUGGUCUGUUAAAUGUUAAAAGCUUCCCUAUACAGGACUGCCUUCAGAUGUCUUCUAAAUGCCAGGUAGUUGUUGUUCUCUUUGACAUCUGGUGGGAGGGUGUUCCACAGGGCGGGCACCACUACCGAGAAGGCCCUCUGCCUGGUUCCCUGUAGCUUUGCUUCUCGCAGUGAGGGAACCACCAGAAGGCCCUCGGCGCUGGACCUCAGGGUCCAGGCAGAACGAUGGGGGUGGAGACGCUCCUUCAGGUAUACUGGGCUGAGGCCAUUUAGGGCUUUAAAGGUCAGCACCAACACCAGAAUGCUCACAGUUUUCAUGGAGAUGUUAAAAAAAAAACUAGCAAGCAUAAACUGACGCAGAAAUGAGAAACAGAGAUUGGUAGAAUUACCCACCCUUAAUUUAGAGGGCCUCCGGUUCUCCCACCCCACAUUAAGCUCUAGGUGUCAGACUUCCACAUCUGAUUUUAGCCAAAGGGUUCAAAUUUACCCUCUGUUCUCUUCCCCAACUCUCUCCCUCUCUCCUCUCCUCCCGUGUUGCCCAUAUGCGCAGGGUGGAAGAUACUCUCUGAAGAACCGCAAGAUUCUUGGCCCCGAUGGAGUGGUCUGGUACACGUGGAAGGACACCGAUUAUUACUCCCUCAAGAAAGUCACCAUGAUGAUCCGCCCCCGCACGUUCCGCCCCCACCUCUCCCCGUGA